CCCCACCCUUACUGGGCUGUCGCUGGCUCUGUGAAAGGACAUCCGGGCCACCGAAUGCUCCAUGUGGUCUUCACAGCUCUGUGAUCUGACCUCAGCGGCACCACUACCUGUUAGUGUUGAAGGAUCCUGAAAUUCCUCCAAACGUAGCUCCCUGGGCUGAAGAUGCCCCUCCCAGUCUGCCUGCCUCAUCCAAGGGCCCUAACUACAGUGAAGAGGUCCCUCACACUGGUGGAAGAGGACGCUGCUAUAAGUGGGAUGGGGCGGGGGGAGGAUGGGGUGGAGAGAAACGGAAAGGAAGCCUCCAGUCCUGGCCCCGGGAAAGCCAGCAGACUCGGGCCGGGGCGCCGACAAUAGUCCAGGAGAAGGGAGAUUUUUAGAAAGCUGGGUGAGAAGGGACCCUGUGACCCACGGGCUUUCAUUUCUCCUAAAUCUGGGUGACGCAGGCAGCCCAGGGCCAGUGAAAGGGGAAGCCCAGAGUUUCUUAAGAAGCAGAGAGAGGGACAGUCUGAACCGGGAGGAAAAGCCAGAAGGGACUUGGGGGGAGGAAGGGAGGCAGUCAGGCCAACAGGGGUGUGUGGAGGAGGUGGCAGGGCCGGUGGAGGGGGCACUGAGGCGGAGGUGUCCUAAGAGAGGGGGCCAACAGUUGAGAAAAGGCAGUGGGGACCGGGGUGGACUAGCAGGAAAGAGGGGGAGGGUGGAGAAGUGAGGCAAGCGGGUGAUAGGGUGUGGGGACAGACAAGGCCAGAGUGGAGGAAGGAGAGGAGACACUCAGUAUAAGAGAAGCGCUGGGGAGGAGAUGAACAAGAACUUGUGGAAGGAGAGAGUGAAGAAUUAAGGUGGAGAUCGAAUCUGGGAAGCAAGGAGAGGGACCCGAGGGAAAAAGAGAAGGAGACAAGGGGUGAGAAAAGAGGGCAAUCGGUCUAGGGGAGAAGAGGGGAGGGCAGAGGAAAGGAUCUGAGUCACGGAGACAGGAGGCCCACGAUGUCUGCACCUCGAGCUCAGGAGCAGCCAAGCAGGUCCGGGGAGCGGCAACCACUGGUGGCUCGAGGCCGGCGGAGUCCCCGGCGGUGGAGACGGACAGCGGCCGCCGCAGUGCUGCUGGUGGAGAUGCUGGAACGCGCGGCCUUCUUUGGUGUCACCUCCAACCUCGUGCUCUACCUCAACAGCUAUAACUUCAAUUGGCCUGGCGAGCAGGCGUCGAGGGCCACACUCCUCUUCCUGGGCGCCUCCUACCUGCUGGCUCCCGUGGGAGGCUGGCUGGCCGAUGUGUACCUGGGCCGCUAUCUCACCAUCUCGCUCAGCCUGGUGCUCUAUCUGGCUGCCUCGGGCUUGUUGCUCACCACCAUCACCGAAGACGGCCGCAAAUCCUUCUGCGGAGAGAUGCCCGAGUUGCCACUGGAACCUGCCUGUCCAUCCGCAGACUGUCCAGGCUCCUGGUCCAGCCCCUACUGCGCGACCACCCUCUACUUGGUGCUGCUGCUGCUGGCGCUGGCUGCCAGCUCUGUCAGGAGCAACCUCACUUCGUUCGGGGCUGACCAGGUGAUGGACCUCGGACGGGAUGCCACCCGUCGCUUCUUCAACUGGUUUUACUGGAGCAUCAACUUGGGUGCCGUACUGUCCCUGCUGGUGGUGGCCUUCAUUGAGCAGAACAUCAGCUUCCUGUAUGGCUACAGCAUCAUCGUGGGCCUUGUGGGCCUGGCGUUCUUCAUCUUCCUCUUUGCUACCCCCGUCUUCAUCACCAAGCCCCCAACAGGCAGUCAAGUGUCAACUAUGCUGAAGCUCGCAUUCCAAAGCUGCUGUCCCCGGCGGCACUCUUCCAGGGACUCUGAGGGUGCCCACCUGCUGCCUGAUCAGAGGUCUCACCAGUGGGGUCCUUCUCCACAAGAAGACAUGGCCAACUUCCAGGUGCUGGUGAAGCUCCUGCCUGUGAUGGUGACCCUUGUGCCUUACUGGAUGGUGUAUUUCCAGAUGCAGUCCACCUACGUCCUGCAAGGUCUCCACCUCCAUAUCCCCAACAUCUUCCGGACCAACCCUAGCAAUAGCUCUUUGGCUCUGAGAUCAGAAAACAAUAACUACAGGAUCCCAGAAGCCUGGCUCCUGCUGGCCAAUGUGGUGGUGGUACUGAUUCUGGUCCCUGUCAAGGACCACUUGAUUGAUCCUCUGCUGCUGCGGUGCAAGCUUCUGCCCUCCGCUCUGCAGAAGAUGGCCCUGGGCAUGUUCUUUGGGUUCACCUCGAUCAUCGCGGCAGGAGUCCUGGAGAAAGAGCGCUUACGGUACAUCGCUGCCAACCAGACAGUGCCUCAGCUGAUUGGGCAGGACUUGUACUAUGCGGCACCACUGUCUAUCUGGUGGCAAAUCCCCCAGUACCUGCUCAUCGGGAUCAGUGAGAUUUUUGCCAGCAUCCCAGGUCUCGAGUUUGCCUACUCAGAAGCGCCACGCUCCAUGCAGGGCGCCAUCAUGGGCAUCUUCUUCUGCCUUUCGGGGGUAGGCUCACUGCUGGGCUCUGGCCUGGUGGCCCUACUGUCCUUGCCUGGGGGCUGGAUGCACUGCCCCAAGGAUUUUGGGAACAUCAACAACUGCCAGAUGGACCUUUACUUCUUCCUGCUAGCCGGCAUUCAGGCUGUCACGGCUGUCCUGUUUCUUUGGAUUGCUGGUCGCUAUGAGAGGACUCGUCAGGACCCAGCUUCCCAGAGCUCGUCCAACAGGGUCAGGGGCUGAAUUAGUCUCCACCCACCCAGACAGACAGUGCCAUAGCAGUACCAGCUGUGCCCAUUCUCUUCUCAUUUAUUCUGCACCCAACAUUAGAAUGAAGUGGUUCCCAUAAAUAA